AGGCCCGCUUCGGCCGCCGCCGCUGUUGCUGCCGCUGCGCGGGUAUGCUCUGGGUAGCAGCGGGCGGCCCCGGCCAGCGGCCCGAGCGCCUCUGCGGCUGCCGAGAGGAGCGACGGUCGCCGGCCCCGUGUCGUCCCCCUCUCCGCCCCCAGGAAGGGUGAGAGGGAGCCCCAGCUGAUGUCAGAAAUACAAUUUCGGGAAAUGGCCUCUAAAUCUUGGCUGAAUUUUUUAUCAUUCCUCUGUGGAUCAGCAAUCGGAUUUUUUUUAUGUUCUCAGCUAUUUAGUAUUUUGUUGGGAGAACAGGGUGACACCCAGCCUAAUAUUCUUCAUAAUGAUCCCCAUGCUAGACAUUUUGAUGAUAAUGGACAUAAUCAUCUAGAAGGGCAGAUGAACUUCAAUGCCGAUGCCAGCCAACAUGCAGAUGAGAACACAGACAUCUCUGAAAAACUCUAUCAGAAAGUUAAAAUUCUUUGCUGGGUAAUGACAGGGCCUCAAAAUCUAGAGAAAAAGGCCAAACAUGUCAAAGCUACGUGGGCCCAGCAUUGUAAUAAAAUGUUGUUUAUGAGUUCAGAAGAAAAUAAAGACUUCCCUACCGUGGGAUUAAAAACUAAAGAAGGCAGGGACCAACUGUACUGGAAAACAAUUAAAGCUUUUCAGUAUGUUCAUGACCAUUAUUUAGAAGAUGCUGAUUGGUUUAUGAAAGCAGAUGAUGAUACAUAUGUUGCACUAGACAAUUUGAGAUGGCUUCUCUCAAAAUACAACCCUGAAAAACCUAUUUACUUUGGGAGAAGAUUUAAGCCCUAUGUAAAGCAGGGCUACAUGAGUGGAGGAGCAGGAUAUGUACUGAGCAAAGAAGCCUUGAAGAGAUUUGUUGAUGCAUUCAAAACGGACAAAUGUACACACAGUUCCUCCAUUGAAGACUUAGCACUGGGGAGAUGCAUGGAAAUUGUAAAUGUAGAAGCAGGAGAUUCCAGAGAUAACACUGGAAAAGAAACUUUUCAUCCCUUUGUACCGGAACACCACUUAAUCAAAGGUUAUCUACCCAAAACCUUUUGGUACUGGAAUUAUAACUAUUAUCCUGCUGUAGAGGGUCCUGGUUGCUGUUCUGAUCUUGCAGUUUCUUUUCACUAUGUUGACCCUACAACUAUGUAUGAGUUAGAAUACCUCAUUUAUCAUCUUCGUCCAUAUGGUUAUUUAUAUAGAUAUCAACCUGCCUUACCUGGGAAUAUAUUAAAGGAAAUAAGUGAAGCAUACAAAAAUGAAGAUCCAAAAGUAAAAUUGGGAAAUCCUUGAAACAAAAACAUGAACAGAGAUAAAACAUCUCACACUGCACUGAAGAAGGACUUCCACGUUUCUGAUAUAGAACACUGGAAUCCCAGUGAACGUUGCAUAUUAGAAAUCUUUCAUAUGAAUGACUGUAAACUGAAGCUUUAAAUUAGCUGUGAAGUCUGUUAAAAUGUGUUUUUGAUACAGUAAUAUAUAUAUAUAUAUGAAGAACUUGUGUCUUUUAAAUGGUGGCUAGCUUAGAGAAACUAGAAAAGAGAUUUUGUUGCCUGUUCUUGACCACGUGUUAUUGUCACUGAGAAGCAAAAACAGUUACAUUUGCUAAAACUACAACAGCACCAUCUUAGUAUAACACACAUGAUGGUAAACAGAUCUGCCUUAAAAGAAAAUUUUAGAAAGAAAUAGUUUCUCAGUGUUAUUUGUAAACUCAAGAUAGGAUUUUGUAUUUGCAGUAUGACAUAAGUGAACCAAAUCUCCUCUCCCUCAACACACAGUUUUAGUCUAAUGAAAAGUUUGCUGUGGUUAUUUAUAACUGGCAGUAUUUUUCCCAGAAAAGAGUAAGAAUGGCACUUGUCCUAAAGUGCAUUAAUAAAAUCAUAUUUUAAAAUUA